AUGCUGUCUGCAUCCUCACCAAUUACCUUUCCUAGCGACCCCCCGUCUCCUCCAACAAAACGCGCCAAACCUCAUGAUGUUCAAUAUCCUACACAGAAGCCUCGCGUCACCGGGCCAUUUGUCGACUCUGACUCUGAAUCAGACACAGAGAAUAGACCCAGAGCAAGCUCCAGAUCUCCUUCCAAGAGGCGUAAAGUAGAGAUCCAACACGAGCAGAGGCCACAGAUCCCCGUAUUGGGUGUUCGAGAUGCGAAUGGAGAUGGCAGUAGCAACGUCCUGCCCCUGGAGCACCCAGAAGGCGACCACACAACAAUUCAUACGAUUCCUACCGAAGAUACACGGAACACUGCGGCACAGCCAGGGCCUCGUUGGUCCCAACCAAACUCACUGCUUACUGCGCCAAUCUUUGGAAGCCGGUCAAAAACUACUUACAAACUAAAGACAUGUGGAGGUAGUGAGAUUACAAUUAGGGAGCGCAAAGAGGUUGUUGCGCAGUCUUAUGAAUCUAUGGUGGCGGCCAGGUCGAAAACCAAGGAAGGGCGAGCGAAACGAGACUACUAUGGCGUCGAUAUACACAACCUCAUCAACGCAGCCACCAGCGAAUUGGCCGAGAAGCAGCAAAACCCUCCAUCUCCAAAUACCAAUCAGGCUAUUCGAUCUAUGGAGGCUACAUCUAUAUCCGAAAAGAAACCCAAAAAGACGAUGCUAUGGACCGAGAAAUACCGCGCGAGAAACUUUAUGGAUCUAUGCGGAGACGACAGCACAAAUAGACUGGUCCUACGCUGGCUGAAGAAAUGGGAUCCGUUAGUUUUCCCAGGAACAGCUAAAGCAAGACCUAAGAUCCAGAGACGCAAUGGCCCACAAUCUCAAACUGAAGAGGAGAAACCCCAUCGAAAGAUCUUGAUGUUGACAGGACCGCCUGGAUUGGGGAAAACAACACUGGCUCACGUCUGCGCCAAACAGGCGGGCUAUGAAGUGAUAGAAGUCAAUGCCAGCGAUGACCGCAGUCGUGACGUCGUCAAGAAUCGAAUUCGCACCAGUCUUGGAACGGAGAGUGUCAAAAAUGUAAGCAAUCAAAGGGCUCUCAACGGGUCUCAGAAAGUUGCCAAGCCCGCUUGCGUUGUGGUUGACGAGGUUGACGGCGUGGUAACGGGAUCUGGCGCUUCAGGAGAGGGCGGCUUCAUCAAGGCCCUGAUUGACCUGGUCCUCAUUGAUCAAAAGAACUCUUCAGGGGUAAACAAGUCUUAUGAUGGGAAAAAGAAAAAAGGAGACGAUUUCCGUCUGAUGCGUCCUCUGAUUCUUAUAUGCAACGACGUCUAUCAUCCUUCUCUGAGGCCUCUCAGGCAGUCAAACCUGGCGGAGAUCAUUCACGUCGGUCGACCAACACUGGACACUGUAGUUGGUCGCUUAAAGACGGUAUUUGAAAAGGAGGGCAUUCCAUGUGACAAGGACGCAGCACGCAAACUGUGUGAAUCGGCGUGGGGCGAUCUUCGAGGUGUCAUGGUCGUGGGCGAAUGGGUAGCUUUCCGGUUCAAGGUCUCAAGUCUGAAUGACAACCAACGCCUCACCAGGGACUGGAUUGAACGAAACAUCCUCCAGGAGCUUGCCAACGGCUCAGCGGGAACCCGAGGGCUUGGGCGAGGCAGCGUCAAGGAUAUCAUCUCUCGCCUCUUUCAAGAAGGCGGCGGCUUUCCUAAGCAAGCGCUCAACUUGGCCAAGUCCAAGACGCAUCACGAACAGCCAAAAACGGAGCUUGGUUUUGGAGAGCAUCAAAAGAAGUAUGCCAUGGAGUGUCUUCGACAGAUGGUUGAUUCCAGUGGUGAAAUCAGUCACAUUGUGACGGAGAUAUUCGCAGAGUACCCGAAUCGCGAGUUCAACGACGAUUCCUAUCUCUCGAAGCCGAACCAAGCUUAUGACUGGCUGUACUUUCAUGAUGCUUGUCAAUCCAAACUGUACGCCAGCCAGGAAUGGGAACUUGCACCCUACCUAGCGCAGCCUGUCCUAGCCUGCCAUCAUCUAUUUGCGUCACCCAUUCGACAUUUUGCCAACGGCAUGGGGUCAAACCAGAACCAGCGAUCUGGCCUUCCGGGAGAAGAAGAAGCCGGCCCUACGAUUCCUUUUUCCGGCCCACGUGCCGACUAUCAGGCCUUUGAAGCAGAGAAGCAAACCCGUGCACAACUGCAGGCACUCCAAGCUCAGCUCAGCCCAACCAUGAUGCGACUCUUCCGCAGCGCAGAGGACGUGUCAACGGAAUUCAUGCCCUACCUGGCCCGCAUGCUGUCGCCCGAUGUGAAACCUGUUGUCGUCGGCGGCAGCCAGGGCACCACGGCAAGUGUGCGCAAGGAGAGCGAGCGAGCGAUGGUCAAGCGUGCGUCGGAAGUGCUCGCCGAGGUGGGCAUUGCCCUGCAUAAAGGCAAGAUUGAGAGCGACGUCGUGUCUAGUCGAGGCCCGCAGUUUGUCUACCGCAUGGAACCUGACAUUGAUUCCCUAGCCACCUAUGAAACAGCCUCUCUUUUGACAUCCCAGCCUCCCACCCGUUUCGCUGUUCGCCAGGUCCUCGACCAAGAACUCCGUCGCACACUCGCCCUCCGCGAAACGCAUGCUCGCCAAGCACGCUUCCAAGCCGGACGCACCACCGGCGAGAGCGAGCUGCAGCAACCGCUCACUCAGUUAACUCAGAGCCAGAAGAAUGAUUCGGUGGUGGUGGAAGACGGGUUAGUGGUGAAAAAGGACUUCUUUGGGCGCAUCAUUCAGGCACAGCCGCUGGCGGAGGUGACGGGUGGGUUGGCGGAGAAGAAGGCGGCGGGCCAGGAGAAGGUGUGGGUGACGUUUCAUGAAGGGUUGAAUAAUGCGGUGAGGAAGCCGAUGACGCUGCGAGAGUUUUUGAGUGGUUUGUGA